AGGUGUAUGUUAAAACGAAGUGGAUAAGUAACACACUUAUAAUAAUCAACGAAUCAUGUGACAUGCAGUGAGAUCUUUAAAAUGGCGACUGUUUAGGGGGUAGUACUUCCUGUUGGGCUUCGAAGCUCUUAAAAUCGAUUUUUAUUCAUGCUGAUGUAUUUUACAAACAUUUGACCAUGAUAUAUCCAUCUUAGAGUCAGCGAUGUCGCAAAUAAGCACCAAGAAACCCAGAUGCUUGUUUGAACUGCAGACAUAUCAGCGACGGCUGAGACACCUGAGGAGCCUUGCCAUCCGAAACCUGGUGUGUUCAAGCUACAAUGGUAAAGAUGUCCACAAACUCCAGUCCUACUUCACACUACAUCGUGAGACGACAUCCGAAGCAUUUUAUACAAGUGAGCGGAUAACAGGAUCACUGAAUCCAUCUUGGCAAAGUUUUGACAUCAGUCGGUAUGAGACUGAAAUCAACAUCAAAUCUCAAUCCUUGGUUGUGCGAGUAUGGCUGGUAAUGGACGAUGACUGUCGUCUCCUCCUAGACUGGACUGUCCACCUGACUGGCUUGAAUUUCUUCGCUGAUAAGCUACAGCAAGAUACAGUGAAGUACUCUCCCAACACAGUGGUUUUUGGAAUGUUUGACAAGUUCUUCAUAGCGCCUGACAUCAAUAAAGGAAAGGUGGAGCCACUUAUGACACUGCCAGUAGAGGUGGGGACUGCCAAGAAAUCCUACACGUCUGCAUCCUUGGAGAGAAUCUACACAGUAUUACGUGCCAUCAAACAGACCCAGGUGUCGGUCAGUCGAGUCCACAGGUCCAUAGAAGAUCGACUGUUGUCCUCCCAGGAAAAGACCCAGAAGCUGUGUGAGAGAGAAGCCACGCUACUCAAGGUGAGACAACUCCGUAGUGAGCUGACCUGGCAGGCGACAAAUCUACAGGCGGACCAUGAGGAGUGUGAUAAACACAAACAGAGAUACCAGACAGCCAAAAAUCAACUGGAUGAAAGGUUUGCCUUAUUAGAGCAGGAACGAGCACAUCUUAUUGACAGGAAAAAACUCAAUAACCAGUCCAGGGAGAGUUUGAUCAAAGAGAAUGCUCAGCUGUGGAUACGAAGAAAACAGCUGACUGGAGAGUUAGCUACAAAUGUCUACCCGAUCACUGAGAGCAAGAAAUCUGACCAAAAGUCUGACCUGUUUGUUUGUGGUGUCAAACUACCAAACUCUGAGGAGUUUCAAAGUCAGACAGACAUGAUGGUGUCCGUAUCCCUAGGUUACGUGUGUCACAUGGUCAUGAUGAUGUCGGACAUUCUUGACAUUCCACUGAGGUAUCCCAUGAUUCACCAUGGGUCAAGGUCACUCAUCCGUGACCACAUUCACACCAAGUUGUUGGACAAGGAUCGGGAAUUUCCUUUAUUUGCAAAAGGAAAAGAAAAGUUCCAGUUUAACUAUGGAGUUUUUCUUCUGAAUAAAAACAUAAGCCAGUUACGAUAUUACUGCGGCCUCGGGACAACAGACCUGCGACAAACUCUCAACAACAUCAAAUCCCUCCUAGAACUUCGAUUAGAUGUUAGAAUGGAUACACCUGGAAUUCGUAGAAUUGGACCUGGAGACGAGGGCAGAGACCGGAGCGUGUACGAUUUUGAUCGCACAGACACACAGAGCUCUCUAGCCUCAGGAGGGAGAUUUAGCCUACCCGAUAGUACUGACAUGACUACUCUUGAUGUGACAUCUAAAGAGAAUAAAAAUAAUCACUCACCGGGGGAAUGUCAGAACAGUUCACAGAUAGGUGGUCAGGAAACCAAUGGUACGCGGCCUGAGAAACGUCCAGAUGAAGAGUUAGAAGAGAUAUUCCGACCGUCAGAGGACCGUUUCUUUAAGAUAUCAAAUCCGGUUUCUGAACAGCUUGACAUGUUUAAUGACAUGAAUGUGAUUCAGGAAGAUUUCGGACGUUUUGAAAUUAUCGAUGAAAAUAGUGUGAUAUCGCGUGAUCAUGUGACUGACGAUGGGUGCGAUCAAAGAGAUGUAAGAAGUGCAAUAAUGGGAAAAUCAAAUGCUAGUCAAUUAAUGGGGGAUAACUCUGUUUAUAGUGUUGUGGAUAAAGAGGAUUUGUCCUUCAACAAUCAGGGACCAAAAAAGGGAAAACAAGUGCUGCAUGUGGACAGUGCCAAUUUGAGAGUCGGAGUGGGAGGGGACAUAACUCUGCAUAAUACAGGAAACUUUGACCAACUUGACGACGAACCUGCACGCUCUGCAGGGAAUGAUUGUGAUAAAACGGACAUGGAAAAGGGAGUUAGUUCAUUAGACAGGGGAGAUAACUCCACUGGCAGUAAUGAACCAGAAAUAACUACUAAACACCAAACAAAUGUUGAACCCAGUUCCAGUGAAUACUCUAAAGACAACUGUGAUACAGAACAUCAGAACCAGUCCAAUUCACUCAGUAUAUCAGGUUUCCCGGAAAGUGGUGAUCAAAAGCCAUCUGUAUUACCCAGAGAUAGUUCUACUGACUCAGAUUCCUCCGAUAACUUCAGGUCAUUUAAGACCUCUGCUUUCAAACAUUCCAAUGACCUUGUUGUUAAUCAAGUAGACAGUGAUACUAAGUCUUAUGAAAGCUUGAAUAGUGGGAGUAGCCCACAGGAAGCUCUUUCAGAAAGGGAGACCACUUACUCUUGAUGUUGAAAAUAUUCUGUUUAGAUAUAUAUAUAUAUAUACUAUAGAUGGAUAGGAAAGAUAUCUAAGGAGUGCCAUAUUGUGGAAGUCAUGAAAUGAAAACUUUAUUGCCUAAAAUAGUUAAAAUGAAGCAUGUCUGCUAGGGCUUCAAUGAUAUGUUAACAUGACCAUACAAAUGGUUUAAAUGAAGAAUGUCUGUAAGGGCUGCAACCUUACAUUAGAAUGACGAUACGAUACGUAUCACGAUACUGUGGUCACGAUAUAAUAUGUAUCACGGUACUGUGGUCACGAUACAAUACAAAUCAGGAUACUGUGGUCACGAUACUGUGGUCACGAUACAUACAGUAACAGUAGAAGCGCAAAGAGAAAAGUUAUGUUGCAAAUCUUUAGUGGCAAUAUUACAAGUGGAAAUAGACUUGGUCCAAAAUGGGCAUGACUUUAAAGUUUCUCACAAUUCAGGUCCUUCGACAUGCAUGCCAAGCUUGAGAUAUCACUCGCUAUAUUGGAACGGAUAUGAAUAGAUAUUCAGAAACGAUAAAAUAUCCCAGGUGUAUCAUGACCUCCCAAAAAUAUUAUGCAUUAAUAUACCGUUUACAAAUAUCGCGAUAUAUUGUCGCACGAUAUAUCAUUGAAGCCCUAAUGUUUGCAAAAUCAUUUGUUUUGUGGUGUAUUUGAAUGACAAUCAGGAUGAAAAGCUUUAUUUAUUUGACUGUUAUUACUCAAGAACAGUUGUACAAAUCAAUCUGUUUUAUGCUGUAUAAAAGGAAGGUUUUAAACUUUACUUACACGAAAACACUUUGACUCUUUUGAUUAAUUUACUUUGUUAAUGAAAUAGAUAUAUUGUAAUCUUAGAAAAUAAAAGCUUAAGACAAAAUGUAGGAGUGAUAGGAAAAGGGCAACGUAAAUAUUAUCUUGGGUGUUUCACAAAUUUAUAUUUCUGAGAAAUGUAUAUGUUUCAUUUACAAUAUCGCUCACAGAAGACAAGUUCUCAGACUGUUACCGUGAAUUGUGUUUUACUAGAUUUUUUUACUUGAAGAGAAAUAUAACUAUAAGAAGGAUUUAAAUAAUCCAUGGACAUAAUUUUUUAGAGGCACACAGUAAACCAUGAAAUAUAAGAUAAUAUGUUAUUUAUUACUUCUAGAGUUUGGUCUUUUUGCAAUCAAAUACUGUUGAUAAUUUCCUUUAGGAAUCUAUUACCGUACUUGUGAUAUCAACGGACUUCCGUAGUCUUACCAACAAUGGGACAUAACCAUGAUCAGUACUGUUGAUUUUUAAAAAAAGUUUGAAUGUGUGUUUCAUCAGAAAGUUCACUGGAAAAAAAAUAUCUUGCCCGCUCAAGUACCAUAAAUAUUCAUAAUUCUUUUUAAAAUUUAUGAACUUGUAAUGCUAAAAUAUUUUCUCAGUAUAUUAUCCCUAAAAUGUUUCAGAAUCAUGCAACUUUGUCAAGUUGAAUGUAAUAUUACUAAAAAAUUGAAUAUAAAAAAAAAAAAAUGCUUUGAAUUUCAACAUACCAUAUUUAUCCAGCAAUAAGCCCAUGCCUGCUAACAGGCCCACCUACAGUACAUCUAUUGUAGUUAAGUUAAAUUGCCAGCAAAUGCUAUUUUAUUGUACCAUCACAACUACCCUUGACUUUAAGUCAGAGAUGAUGUGGGGCUAUACAUAUAUAAUUAUAGGACAGAUAUAAGUAUGCGAUAUAUGUACGGGCCGCGGUGGCCAAGUGGUUAAGGCGUCUGACAUUCUGCUACCACUAGCCCUCUACUACGUACUGGGUUGCGGCUUCGAGACCUUCGUGUAGCAGUCACUAGGUAUUGGUGGCAGGUUGGCGUUUUUUCUCUGGAACUCUGGCUUUCCUCUACCACCAAAACCUGGUGCGUCCUUAAAUGAUCAUAGCUGUUGAUAGGACAUAAAACACAAACAAAGCUAUAUAUGUACAUCAUUGAGAAGACUUAUAAAGGGGUAAUAGACUAUUUCACACAUUCAUCUGUAAAGUAUGAAAUUAAAUUGAAGAAUAUAAUAUUGACAUUCAUGAUAUUGCUCUAUGAUAUGUGGUCUAGCUCUCUCAUCACUGUUCUCUACAUGUCAAUUUUUCUCUGGAAAGUAUAUCUUUUAUAGGCAUUACUGAGUCAUUGUUGUGAAGUUAUGUUUAUAUGGGUAUGUGGUCAGCAGAAGUUUAAAAUGACCAGGGAACUUUUUGUCUGAUACAGCAAUGUGUCAUCCUGUUGUAUACACAGGGACAUGAAAAUCUAUUAUAGUUUGUGUGUAUGGACCUAUGUCGGUGUUAAGGGAGUAUGAGGGUGUUGGAUGUUUUAGAUACUGAUAACCAUAUUCUGAUUCAUCCCCAAAAAAAUGUAGCCUCUACAAAAUCUGUGUCAGACCUUUUGUUUUUUUAGAAAACAUGAAUUUGAAGAGAUUCUUUCUCUAAAGUAAAGGCAGUCAGAUUUUUGUAUUUCCUCCAUUUUUCAGGGUUGCCUCCCUUUUAUACCCACCUUUGGCCUUUAAGAUCAGCACUCUAAGCUUGACCUUGCUUUGUAUACUGUUACUACAUGUAUAUACUGUCAUUAGGGGAGUGUUGGUCCUACCCCCUCCCACCUAAAUCUGUCUAGUAAUACUCCCUACCGACUAUGCAUGGCCCUACUCAUGAAACCCAUUCUCGUGCUGAAGCAUGGAUUCUGUGCUUAAAGUUUCUUAUAAUUCUCUUAAAUCAUGCGAAAUGGUAAAAAACGUCAAGGGUAAACAUUGAAAAUGGUAUUCGAUUUUAAGUCUUUCCGAAAUUCUUCCAAAUCCUAGACCAAUCUAAUUGUAAUUAGACUUGUAAUUCUGCUCCUCUACGAUACACUCCAAUACAAUGUAUUGGAGUGUAUCAUAGACUUACUGUGAUUUUUUAUUGAUUUAUCAACAUAACAAGGAAGUAUUCCGUGUUUGCUGUUUGCGUAUUGCAGAGUUAUCUUCUCUUUGGAGCAGGU